CCAUCUAUUUGCCUGUCAGACUGAAAACGGGUUAGGGCUCAAUGACUCGUUGCUCAGGCAAGCAGCGGAAGUGAAAGGACAGCAUGGCUGCUGAAGGGGAGAAAAAACAAGUCCUGGAGAUGGUCCAGGCUGAUGGGGCAGAUGAGGGCUCCGUGACAUUUGUGAUGCAUGAUGAAGACCAUACCCUGGGAAACUCCCUGCGCUAUAUGAUCAUGAAAAAUGAGUGUGUUGAGUUUUGCGGGUACACAAUCACACAUCCGUCAGAGAGUAAGAUCAACUUUCGCAUUCAGACAAAAGAUGGAACUCCAGCCAUCGAGACUCUUCGUAGGGGCCUAACUGAGCUCUGUGAUGUUUGUCAACAUGUUCUCAACACCUUUGAGGCAAAAGUAAACGAGAUCCAAGAGAAACAGGAGCAACCCAUGGAGUGACUGAAGAUCCAUCAUGCAAAAUUACUUUGUCAUAUUUUCCUUUGAAUAUACAAUAUCUUAUUUAUAUUGUUUUAUACAUCAAACCCCCUGAGAACCAGCGUCCUCUGUAGUGGACAUGUAUAACAAUGCUAUUUUUUUCCCAAAAUGUGUAACUCCAACAACAAUGUCCGCUGCAGAAGAUGCUGGCCCUCAGGAGAAUGUGUUUUACAUAAGUCGUGGCACAUUUAAACUUUUGUACAGGCUCUUUUGUAAGAUUUUUUUUGUAUUCCACUUGACCCUUUCAUACUUGUUGAAUUGUUGGCAUGUGGAGCAAAAACACGACAUUAAACUUAAGAAAACAUC